AUGUACAUAAUACUCGCCUGCAUACUAAGUCAACUGAUCAUAAACAACGAAUUUCUGUUGGCGCACACUACCGAAAUGGAGUUAAUCAAAACUACUAUUGAACCAGUCUCCACUGGGCUUCCCGAUUGCUAUAAGGAUGAGAAAGAGGAAACUGACUGUCAGUGCUUUGCCGAUGGUGGAUUUUAUUAUAUUAUAAGCAUACCAACUGACAUAUUUUCUAAACAGAACCAACUGAAAACGCUUACGCUUAGCGUACAAGGUCUAAGAAACCAGAACUUAACACUGCAAAACUUGACGCAAACUCACUUUGAAAACCUCACUGAGCUCAGACAGCUUGACUUAGCCGGAAAUAAUAUGCAAAUGUUGGACGCAAAUAUCUUUGCAGCGCUAACGAAAUUGAAUUGUCUGAAUUUGAGCCGUAAUGAAAUCCGGGAAUUGCCCGAAAAUCUAUUUGCAAAUCAGCAUGAACUUUUAAUACUGGAUUUGAGUUACAAUUCAUUGACAUAUCUAUCGCCACACCUUUUCGAUUACACUCCUUUUCUAUGGCAAUUGAAACUUGGUGGCAAUCUCCUGCACGACACCACAAAUCUUAUGGAAGCUCUGAAACCGCUGGAUUAUCUAAUAAGGCUAGACUUAAGUCAGAACAAACUGCAAACUAUUUGGAGCACUGAGACUUCCGUCAAUGCAACGCCAAGGUCACUGAAAAAUUUUCAAUACAGCUUUAUGAGCAAGCAUUAUGCCUCAAUGGUCGGUCUAUAUUAUAUCAUAAAGAUGCAACCAGAAAAUUACGAAGGUGACAAGCUUAACUAUAUAGUAAUCAAUUUAAGUGGCAAUCGUUUGCGCGAAUUCACUUUGGAUUGGCUUGUAGCAGCGGACAUUACAUGCCCUUUUGAAAUAAACUUAGAGCACAAUUUGAUUGAAAACGUGUUUGCUUCAAAAAAUGUCUUUAAUACAACAGACGAUUGUCACCGCGAAAUCAAAAUGACUGGUAAUCCGAUCGUGUGUGAUUGUAAAUUUCCUUGGAUUUACAGUGAAAACUACCGUUCGCUGUUCAAUCGUUUGCAGUGCGUUCAAUCGUCAACCAAAUCAAUAACAGAUCUUGCGCAGAUGGAAAGUAAUGAACUGUGUGCUUGGAAACCGGUAAUGUGCCCCAGCAAAUGCAAUUGUUACGCACAAUCUGAGUUCCUGCACAUCAAGUGUAAAGGUGGCCAACAUAUCGAACAGCUCCCACGUCCCGAACAAGUUGGACUCAAGAAGUCGGUACUUGAUAUUAGUGAUAACAAUUUCAUUGUAUUACCGCUAAAGACCACCUUCGGCUAUGGUAACGUUUCGCAACUCAACGCGUCGUACAAUAAAAUCACGAACAUAAGUCUCGCUCAACUGCCAACCAAUUUGACGGUUUUGGAUUUACGAAACAAUCGCUUAAAUUCUUUAGAUGAUGAAUUUUUGCUUAAAUACCUCAAUGACAGCACAAAUGUACAAUUUCUCUAUAUCAGUGAGAAUCCUUGGUUUUGCGACUGUAGCGCGCAGCAAUUGCUGUACACCAUACGUACACAUCGGGCACGCAUACCCGAUGCCGACCAGUUAAUCUGUGACAAUCUGCAGAACGUUACUCUUCUAAAAGCAAAUGUGAGAGAAUUGUGUGAAGCUCCUGUUAAUGAAUAUUAUCACCGCUUGAUUGCAACUGUCAUUAGUGUGUCUUUAACCAUUAUUAUUUUCCUUUGCAUUAUCGCACUUUUCUAUAAAUAUAAAUUAGAAGUGAAAGUCUGGUUAUAUGGCAAGAAGAUAUUGAGAUCUUGCAUUCACGAAUGUGAGGUGGAUAAGCAUAAAAAAUUCGAUGCCUUUAUUUCGUAUGCACACCAGGAUGAAGACUUCGUCAACCAUACAUUACUGCCGCAACUCGAGCAGUCCGAACCACCAUUUCGUGUAUGCACACACGAACGCAAUUGGCUGGCUGGCGCUUAUAUACCUGAACAAAUCAUCGAAUCGGUGGAGCAGUCACGUCGGACGAUCAUUGUGCUUUCACAGCACUUCAUCGAGUCAGAUUGGGCGCGUAUGGAGUUUCGCACAGCGCAUCAGUGCUCGUUGAACGAGGGUCGUGCGCGCAUAAUAAUGAUUAAAUAUGGGGAAAUCUCGAACAGUGAGUUAUUGGAUAGAGAAUUAAAGGCAUAUCUGGAUAUGAAUACAUAUCUGGAUUGGCAAGAUGUCAGAUUUUGGGACAAAUUACGCUACGCCAUGCCUCAUAAAGUCGGUAGUGUGAAGAAUUCCGAUAUGCUUGAAGUUAAUGGUAGAAUAUAUGUUAUGGGACAAGUUGAAAUGAAUCGUUUACGUGACGAGAGUGUUUAA